ACCCGCCCCUCAGCACGCUCCUCUGCGCUGCGAGGUCCCGCCCCGCGUGCUGGCCGCUGUAAAAGUGGUAGCAGCGGAGGCGAGCGGAGGGUUUGCAGCGGAGGCGAGCGGAGGGUUUCCUGCGACGGAUUUCUGACAGUCAGACUUGUCCACAAGAACUCAAUUGGCAAGGCUGCUUUUCUGUGCUAAAACUGGGGAGCUAGUGGGCACCAUGAAGAUCUUCUGCAGUCGGGCCAAUCCAACCACGGGGUCUGUGGAGUGGCUGGAGGAGGAUGAACACUAUGAUUACCACCAGGAGAUUGCAAGGUCAUCCUAUGCAGAUAUGCUACAUGACAAAGACAGAAAUGUAAAAUACUACCAAGGUAUCUGGGCUGCCGUGAGCAGGGUGAAGAACAGAGGACAGAAGGCCUUGGUUCUCGACAUUGGCACUGGCACGGGACUCUUGUCAAUGAUGGCGGUCACAGCAGGCGCCGACUUCUGCUAUGCCAUCGAGGUUUUCAAGCCUAUGGCUGAUGCUGCUGUGAAGAUUGUGGAGAAAAAUGGCUUUAGUGAUAAGAUUAAGGUUAUCAACAAGCAUUCCACCGAGGUGACUGUAGGUUCAGAGGGUGACAUGCCGUGCCGUGCCAACAUCCUGGUCACAGAGUUGUUUGACACAGAGCUGAUCGGGGAGGGGGCACUGCCCUCCUAUGAGCACGCACACAGGCAUCUCGUGGAGGAAAAUUGUGAGGCUGUGCCCCACAGAGCCACUGUCUAUGCACAGCUAGUGGAGUCCAGGAGGAUGUGGUCGUGGAACAAGCUGUUUCCCAUCCGCGUGCAGACCAGCCUCGGAGAGCAGGUCAUCGUCCCUCCCGUGGACCUGGAGAGCUGCCCUGGCGCACCCUCUGUCUGUGACAUUCAGCUGAACCAGGUGUCACCAGCCGACUUUACAGUCCUCAGCGAUGUGCUGCCCAUGUUCAGCAUAGACUUCAGCAAGCAAGUCAGUAGCUCAGCAGCCUGCCAUAGCAGGCAGUUUGAACCUCUGACAUCUGGCCAAGCUCAGGUGGUUCUCUCUUGGUGGGACAUUGAAAUGGACCCUGAGGGGAAGAUCAAGUGCACCAUGGCCCCCUUCUGGGCACACUCAGACGCAGAGGAGAUGCAGUGGCGAGACCACUGGAUGCAGUGUGUGUACUUCCUGCCACAAGAGGAGCCUGUGGUGCAGGGCUCAGCGCUCUAUCUGGUAGCCCACCACGAUGACUACUGCGUAUGGUACAGCCUGCAGAGGACCGGCCCUGAAAAGAAUGAGAGAGUCCGCCAGAUGCGCCCCGUGUGCGACUGCCAGGCUCACCUGCUCUGGAACCGGCCUCGGUUUGGGGAGAUCAAUGAUCAGGACAGAACUGAUCGAUACGUCCAGGCUCUGAGGACCGUGCUGAAGCCGGACAGCGUGUGUCUGUGUGUCAGCGAUGGCAGCCUGCUCUCCAUGUUGGCCCAUCACCUGGGGGUGGAGCAGGUGUUUACAGUCGAGAGCUCAGCAGCUUCUCACAAACUGUUGAGAAAAAUCUUCAAGGCUAACCACUUGGAAGAUAAAAUUAACAUCAUAGAGAAACGGCCAGAAUUAUUAACAAAUGAGGACCUGAAGGGCAGAAAGGUCUCUCUCCUCCUGGGCGAGCCAUUCUUCACUACCAGCCUGCUGCCGUGGCACAACCUCUACUUCUGGUACGUGCGGACCGCUGUGGACCAGCACCUGGGGCCAGGUGCCGUGGUGAUGCCCCAGGCAGCCUCGCUGCACGCUGUGGUUGUGGAGUUCAGGGACCUGUGGCGGAUCCGGAGCCCCUGUGGUGACUGCGAAGGCUUCGACGUGCACAUCAUGGACGACAUGAUUAAGCGUGCCCUGGACUUCAAGGAGAGCAGGGAGGCUGAGCCCCACCCACUGUGGGAGUACCCGUGCCGCAGCCUCUCCGAGCCCUGGCAGAUCCUGGCCUUUGACUUCCGGCAGCCGGUGCCCUCGCAGCCCCUGUGUGCCGAGGGCACUGUGGAGCUCAGGAGGCCCGGGCGAAGCCACGCAGCGGUGCUAUGGAUGGAGUACCACCUCACCCCGGAGUGCACGCUCAGCACUGGCCUCCUGGAGCCUGCAGACCCUGAGGGGGGCUGCUGCUGGAACCCCCACUGCAAGCAGGCCGUCUACUUCUUCAGCCCUGCCCCAGAUCACAGAGCACUGGUGGGUGGCCCACGGACUGUCAGCUAUGCGGUGGAGUUUCACCCCGACACAGGCGACAUCGCCAUGGAGUUCAGGUGUCUGGCCUCAGUGUUGCACCAGCUGGAGGCCUGCCAGGACCUGAGACUGGACACAAGGCAGCUGUCCCAGAGCAGUUCCUGAGAUGCAGGCCCAGGAAAGCGGCUGUCAGGGGAGCUGGGAGGCAGCCCUGUUCUCUGCACCGCCCUCAGCUUGGAAAGCCCCUCCUGCAGACCCUGGGAAGAGCCCUGGGCUGGCUGGUAGGGAUGCAGCCCUCGGACCCUGCGGGAGCCGGCCCACACUGGAGGCGGGA